GGAUUGUUCACUGUUGUCAUUGAAGCCGUCUCUAGUGUCUACUCUCAAGACAUUAAUUUAGAUAAUUUUCUCCAUUUGUCGACCGCUAUUGACGAACAAAAUAUUCCUCAAAGACUUUUACCGAAUAUUGAAAACGAGUUCAAAACGAGUAUCCUUUCGAUAUCGAGCGCUCAAAUCGAGCCUUUGGUUCAAUUCGUGCCAAUAGUCUUGAAUCGAUUGAUCCGUCUAUUAGUGCGUCCGCCGGUUAUUAACGGCAAUCAAAUCCUUAAUAUUUCUCAAUCGGUAUUUGAAUCGAUCGCUUCAAUCGUCUCCAAGAUUAACAAAACUCUGUAUUCAGAAUACAAUGACAUGAGAACCGGCAUACUCUCGACAUUUAUCCACUAUCAGGUGAUAUUCCCGCCCCCGCAGACCCUACCCCAUGGUUUUAUAAGUCAAUCGAAUCUGGACUCGGAUGGCGAUCACACCAUUUUCCAUACGAGCCCUUCAUAUCACACUCGAAGUAACAGCAACCCUGACGUUCCCAUUGGCACCGUUAGUGAGACACCUUUCCAGAUGAAUAAAGGACUGGACAGAGCCAUGAGUGUCCGCUCUCCACAAUCAAACACUCAGUAUUUAUCUGAAAAUUCAAUUUACAAUAACAAGAAAGGAAUGGUAACUAAUCUUCAGAAGCUAUUCCACGAGGAAUUGGUUCUGCAGUGGUUGGUGUCGAGUGGGAUGUGCCGAGACGUCGCCCUUUCAAACGCCGGCUUUUUCUUUGAUAUUAUAGUGAAGAGUAUUUGCGAACAUUUGGCUGUUUGUGGAGCCCUUCACAGCCCCCGAAGGGAACGCUUCCCCAAACAGUUCACCGAUGAUAUAAUAUCACUAAUCAAUUUGAUUACCUCGGAUAUAAUUAAUCGAUUGAAUCGUGAGCUCAAAGAUCUAAAAUUGAUUCACUCAUUGAACAAUUCGGUGGCCUUUUUCAUACGUGACUUACUGUCCCUUUUGGACAGAUAUUAUGUCUUCAAUUUGAUACGAAUUUACUUCAAACAGAUGUCAAACAAUAUUCAGUUCACAUCCGAGACGAGUACGAACUACUCAUUCCUCCUACGGCUAGACUUCAUGCGUAUAGUGAGCGGACACGAGCACUUCAUUUGCCUCAACCUGCCCUUCGCGACCCCCAUAUUCCCCACAACACCCACAUCUUCAUCACAGCCUAAAUCAUGGGAUCAAAGCUCCCUUUUCUCGCCGCUCGACAGAACCCUUACCACACUUUUGGACCGAAUUACUACUUUCAGCGAAUUAACAGAUGACUACCGGCGCCAACACUUUCUCACUGGCAUUAUAUUCUGUUCCCUUUCAUUGGCGCUGGAAGUGAACAGCGCUUCCGUUCACUCGAAGGCUAUUAAUUUAAUCCGAGGUUUAAUGACUUCUCACGACUGGGACUGUCGUUACAGCGAGCCUGAAGUCAAGUCCAGAAUAGCAUCACUUUAUUUGCCAUUAAUUGCAAUAGUUUUGGACGCUUUGCCACAACUCUAUGACUGGAAAUCUGACGAUGUCUUCAAAACUGAUUCGAGAGCUCCGUCGGCGUGUAAUACACUUAAGAGAAACUCUGAUGAAAAGAGGCGUCCAAUUGUUCUCAACAGUAAUAGUGAUUUGGAUGACUUGACUGCCAGUCCAUUAACCAGUCCUCUGAAUCAAUCGGUUGCGAUGGCUAUCGCCGGUUCCGGUGUUUUCACUCGUUCUGAAGAGGAAAGUUAUGAACCGAGACGAUGGCCUCUUAGAGAGGACACUACCAAACAUUUGUUGAUAUGUUUUCUUUGGGUCAUUAAAAACGCCAAUCAAUCAGUUCUCUAUCGAUAUUUAAACGAAAUGCCUUUCCAUCGGAUCUAUCAGUUCCUAGAAGUGCUUAAGAUAUGUGUUUCGUGUUUUGAAUACAAGGGCCUAAAAGCUAUCAAAAAAGCGAGUCUCUUAUCGUUCAAAAAGCCUUUUGAUUUAAAAUCGAAAUUAGAGGACGCGAUCCUCGGUCUGGGAAGCGCUCGAAGGGAACUCAUUCUGCGAAGACGUGACAGAAAUCCUCCGCAGUCUUCGCAGAGCUUCUCUCAGUCAGACUCUCUCCGGUGGCGUAAAGACCAUACACUCACCCGAUAUAACAGUAGCGCCAAUCAAAUGGAGAGAACAAAACAGGACUACGAGACCGAAGCCAUUCUGAGUGGCAAUCUGUGCGCUGAACUCAAUUUAGUCGUCUUGGAUGCCAUCGAGAAAGUGACCACUAUUUUGAUCCAACACUCGGAUUGUGAUAACGAACAGAAUAUGAUUCAAAGCAAAGAAUUAUUGGGAAAUGUUUUACAGAUAGUGUUGUACUCAUUAUCACUAAAUCAAAGCACAUUUGUUCUGCAAAAUAUAUUUCCCACUCAACGCUCACUAACUCUCAAAUUUCCUCAAAUUAUAUGUGAAGACGGAUUUGAAGUGGAAUUCUGUGCCGAUCUCUGUCUCCAACUCCUCCGUCACUGCAGUUCAUCCAUAGGACACGUGAGAGCACAGGCGGCCGCCUCUCUCUAUACACUAAUGCGACAAAACUAUAGCUCAAAAGCCCAGAACUUCGCCAAAAUCAAAAUGCAGGUCACGAUGUCUUUGAGUCAUUUGGUGGGAACCAGUAAAUCAUUUAACGAGCCAUCGCUCAGACGUUCACUCAAAACAAUGUUAGUCUACGCCGUGAUUGACGCCGAUAUGCAAGAGUCGAAUUUCCCGGAACAGGUCCAGGAGUUGGUCUUCAAUCUGCAUAUGAUUUUGUCGGACACCAUAAAGAUGAAGGAAUACAAAGAAGACCCCGAAAUGCUUCUCGACUUAAUGUACAGAAUAGCGAAGGGAUAUCAGAAUUCGCCGGACCUUAGGCUCACUUGGCUUCAGAAUAUGGCUCAGAAACUAAGCGAUCGAAACAAUUACGCGGAGAGCGGCCAAUGUUUCGUCCACUCGGCGGCACUCGUCUGCGAAUAUCUCAAUCUAUUUGGCAAUAAGUCUUACCUUCCCGUCAGUUGUAUUGCAUUUCAAAAGAUUUCUUCCAAUAUAUUAGAAGAGAGUUUAGUGUCUAAUGAAGUGCCGAUUGAUAACAAGGACGGACUCUUCACCGGCAAGUCGUUCAGUGAGAGCGGUCUCGUGGCUCUCGUAGAACAGGCGGCCGUUUGUUUCAAUGCGGGCGGAAUGUAUGAAGCGGUUAACGAAGUCUAUAAACUGUUGAUCCCUAUCGCAGAAGCACAUCAUGACUAUAAGAAGUUGGCCUCAAUUCACGGCAAACUUCAGGAGGUGUUCAUCAAAAUAGAACAGCAAACCGGCAAAAGAGUGUUCGGCACUUACUUUAGGGUCGGUUUCUAUGGACCCAAGUUUGGAGACCUCGACAGAGAAGAGUUCGUCUAUAAAGAGCCGUUUCUCACAAAACUUCCAGAAAUAUCUCAUAGACUCGAAAACUUUUAUUCCGACCAAUUUGGGGCUGAUUUUGUCGAAGUGGUCAAAGACUCGAAUCCAGUGGAUGUCAACAAAUUGAAUCCUGAAAAAGCUUAUAUUCAGAUAACAUAUGUCGAGCCGUACUUUGAUUCGUGGGAACUCGACUCAAGACAAACACCAUUUGAAAGGAAUUAUAAUAUAAAAAGGUUUAUCUAUUCGACUCCAUUCACAAUGGAUGGCAGAGCUCAUGGAGACCUACACGAGCAGUACAAACGAAAGACUAUAUUAACGACAAUUAACUCAUUUCCUUACGUCAAGACCAGAAUUCUUGUUCAGGACAGACAACAGGUUGUGUUGACACCCAUUGAAGUGGCCAUUGAGGACAUCCAGAAGAAAACAGUGGAGUUAGCGGCCGCCACAUACCAGGAGCCCAUUGAUCCUAAAAUUUUACAAAUGGUUCUCCAGGGCUGUGUGGGUACGACUGUAAAUCAGGGCCCCUUUGAAGUGGCCUCUGUUUUCCUAUCAGAGUCCGGCGCUCGACCCCCACAACAGAGACCUCCCUCUCCCCUACAGAAUAAACUCAAAUCUUGUUUCAAAGACUUUUGUCGAAAAUGCGGUGACGCUCUCCGUAAGAAUCGGGUUCUCAUUGGAAACGAUCAGAAAGAAUAUCAGAAGGAAUUGGAGAGAAAUUAUUAUAAAUUCACCGAAAAGUUAGCGCCACUUAUCAGCACUAAUGGACAGCAGGCUCUACGGGCACUGCGAGAGACCUAUUGGAACAGCUCUGCGAACAUCGCUUUGAGGCCCAAACCGAAUACUCUUUUGUGAUUUUUCGGUAUUUAUUUAUUUAUUAUUAAUUUUAUAUUUUAUUUAUUUCAUUAUUUCAAACCAAUUGUGUAUUUCUUAUAAAUGCCUUAAAUUCGUUACAAAUGAUUGCUUCAAAUGAAAUGACAAAUAAUGACUCGC